AUGACCUCUUCAUCUGGAAUCCAAGCUACUCUUCAUAAUGCCGACCUUUGGAAGAAGUUCAACAGUCCAAUGGAAAUGAUUGUGACUAGAAAAAUCGGAAGAAAAAUGUUCCCGAUUCUGGAAUAUUCUGUUUCUGGAUUGAAUUCAACCGCAAUGUAUGAGAUCUACUUACACAUGGAGAGAAUGGAUGAUCAUAAAUACCGUUACAGGAACAAUGAAUGGGAAAACUAUGCGAGAGGAGACCCAAUCACUCCAGUUCAAAAAAUUAAACAUCAAAGUGGAGCACAAUCUGGAAUGUUCUGGAUGGACGGACCGAUUUCAUUUGAACACAUUCGAUUGACAACUAAUUCGAAAGCAGAGAAAAAAGAUCAUAUUUUUCUGCAAAGUUUGCACAAAUGGCGUCCAGUUGUUACAGUUCGAAAAUUGGAAAAUGGAGAUGAAAAUCCGAAUUUUGACGAGGAAUUUAGAAUUCAAAAUGUGUGGUUCAUUGCUGUUACUACUUAUCAGAAUCCAGCAAUCAAGUGUCUGAAAGUGGAGAACAAUAAGAUGGCAUCUGGUUUUCGUUCAACUGGAAAUCAUAAAAAUAGUCUUCCGACACGUGGCACCAAACGGACUGCUUCUGAAACCUUUCCAACUCCUCCUUCAAGUACAUCACCACCAUCGAAAAUGAAUUCAAACGGACACUUUUCGAAUGCUCACUAUUCAAAUCAAGAAAAUUUUGAUUUUUCAAUGACGGGGAAUUCCCAUCAAUAUUGGAUGAACCCAGAUCAGAAUACGUGGAUUUACGGAUACAAUAUGGAACAACAAAUGGAACAACCAGUCAUUAAUCAAUGGAAUAUGCAGAAUUUCGGACAUCCAACGAAUUUGAAUUAUGAGCAAUAUGGAAAUCCAAAUAACACAAUUGGUCCAGAAUUUUACCACGGAUUGAAUAAUUUUUAA